AUGGCCCUGCCUAUUGACCCACCGGUCUACGACCGUCUGGAUCAACACGAUUACGAUGGCGAUCCUGGACGACUCGUGCCUCACCCUGACAGGACUUCGUCUUGCCCUUCUGCUUCUGGUUGCUGUGGCUCCGCAUUCGAGGAACUAUCGACAGAUCAUGCCAUGAUCCGUUACUUGUCCCUUGAGUCGGACUACUCGCCAUUGAAGAUCGAGAUCUCUCCACACUUGGUGACCGACUUUACCAACGGAGAGAACUUCGGCGUCAGACGCGGCAAAUUUCGAACUCCAGCGUCACGAGCGGCAUCGCUCCGUGACACAAAGCCCUUUCCUGAUACAGGACGUCUGCCAAUUCCGCAGCAGGUUGGCCAAGGACCUGAGUAUGUCGUAAAACUUCUCGAGCGGCCAUCUAAACUUGAUGAACCUUGUUUCCAAGCUCACACGCAACCAACGCCUUUUGUAAACCACUUCGCUCAGCAGAUCGCCGAGUCUACCGCCAUCUACGACCACCACUGCAACCACCUCUACCAGCAAUUUUCAACUUCCGAGACGGAGUUGAGCGAGAUGUCUGUUGCAACCAUCAGCGUUGACAGACACGAAAACGACCUUACCCAAGCCGGGUCUGACGUCCUUCCCACUACUACUAUGGCGGCUCCUACCAAAGGCUGGCCCGCCGAGGGUCGGCCGGUAUGCGCUGCGCCCGACGACCUUAUGGAUCCCAUGUUCACGCAGCCCUCGCCUCUCUCCGACCUCUACGAGGCACCGGACGAGAUGGACGAUUGGGCUAUGCUUAUCAACCACGAUAUGCUCGCCACCGGCGACUUUACCAACAUGGGCUGCACCUACCCCACGGAGACUGACUACGCCCAAGCCAUGCCCUCCCCCGAGGACAUUUUCAACGAUCCCGCGGUCCAGUUCGACGUCGAGCAGAGCCUGUUCUCUUUCAAUGCUCCCCUCCCAGAUCUCUCGGCGUCGGACUACCUCUCGGGUACCGACCAGUUUUCUGUCUCCUCAUACUUCGGCAGCGCAAGCACAUCUCCCUACGAGGCGUCCCUGGACUUCCUCCCGGAUGCGUCCAUGCCUCUCUUCCCGCCAGCCAACAGCAUCUCUACCUCCCCCUUCGUGGGCACCACCUCUCCCACCAGCUCGGACGCCGACUACCCCUACCGCUGCACCACCGACAACUGCACAAAGACCUUCCGCAAGGAGGCCCAGCUCAAGCAGCACCAGCGCGUCCACCGCAAGUCUCUGGUUUGCACAAUCUGCCGCGCCGAGCACCGAACCGAACACAAGUUCGCCCAGGUCCGUGACCUCGAGCGGCACUUGCAGGCGCGGCACCCGGAGGUCGCCCAGAGCGCAAACGUACGCUCCGAGAUCCGGGAGUGCCCUCAUCCCGGGUGCGACCACCGCGGGCGGAGAGACAACGUGUCGAGACACCACGAGAGCAAGCACGGUAAAAAGCUCAAGUGGAAGAGGAGCGUUCCUCACGUAGUGGAUUGA